AUGACAAUCUCAGCCACCCAUGCCCCCAAAACGAGCCUGCGACAGUUGUAUCUCGCGCAAAGUCAAAUGCAGCGGCUCCUGGCCCUGCGAUACAUGCAGGACUGCCGUGAAUCUGCUGUUCCGGAAGACCAGCCAGAGCUCGAAAUAAGCACAAUAGCUGAGGAGCAGACUGGAAGGUACUGUUUCUCUAGUGAUUCACCCAGUCUCCGGCGCAUACCGAAGUCGAUUCUGGCUACAGUCAUCAAUAUUUACCAGCAAUGCUCGUACAGCGUCUGGCCUGUAAUCCAUGCCAAAAGCCUGCUUGAGAGAGUUGAGAAUAUAAAGCCAGAAGCAAUUGGUGAACAGGAUGGAAACACCGUGUGUCUGGCCACAGCGCUCUGCGCUGCAACAAUGGCUCAGUUGCAGAUGGCGCCCAUGAUGGAUGGAGAUGGAUAUGGAGAUGGAUCCCAGAGAAUCGAUGCCACAACCAUGGCACAUACAUGUCUACAAAUGCGAAGGAAAUACGACAGUAAUGGUGAGAAUCUGUGCCUUCGCAGUAUCUUGAUAUCGUUCUUUUUGCAUGUAUACCAUGCCAAGGUCAAUCAGCGGAAUUCAGCAAUGAUGUUUAUCCAGGAGGCUAUAGCUGGUUCUCGGAUUCUGCGGUUGGAUGAAGGAUUACCACAGCCGAAAGAUGGUCUGAUUGCAAAUCAAGACUUGCUUUUUCCAUUGCUCUGGGUUUCGGAGAGGGGCUACUCGUUACACUUGGGACUCUCGCCCUCAUAUACCGAGCCUCCAACCAUUCUGGGAAUUGAAAGUAGCAUUGAAGCUGAUGUUCAUGCGCAAGGCUUGCUGGAGCUAGUCAGACUAUUCGUUGCAUUCGAUAAAAUCUCUAUGCGCCGCAGGCCCCAUGGAGGUACCAUAGCGGUCACAGAUCUGACAGAGACAGAAAAAAAGCUGUCUUCCCUGUCGUUUAGUAUGGCCGAUCAUACCUCUACCCGAUCGGCUGAUUAUCAUGUCACGAGAGAGUGGAUGAGAACGAUAAUCUGGCAGGAAGCUCUCGCGAUGAGAUUGCUUUCGUCCGCGGGGUAUACCUCUGUUAUGACCUUUGGGUUUCCUGCACAAGUUGGACGUGAUCUGCUGCAAGCUUUGAGAGGCUUUCGUGAGGCAGAUUUGCUACCAUUGGGUCGAGAUCAGUUGCUUAAAUGCUUCGAGGUUGCCAAUUCACUAGCAGACACUGUUCUCUUGAGAUCGACUUUGAUGAGCAGCAGGCGUGAACUAGGACCACAUGAUUUCCUUCAUGCAUUAUAUCAGAAGAUUGUUCCUUUCCUUGAACAGGAUCGCAUGUUGCUGGGUAUCCUUCGAGCGAAGACCGCCGAAGCUUUAGUCAUGGCCCCAGCUCGAUUGCUGACGAUGAAUGAAAGAAGCUCAGGUCCGUAUGGGCUUGAAACUGAGACUGACCAGCGGACGCAUCUUGGUGGAUAUCGAUCAUACGUGGCCGAACAAAGCGACUUAGAGACCAACAGUUUGAAUUUCUCACAGCAAGAAUUGCAGACUGUCUAA